AUGGGUCAUGCUGGAUCGAUUCCCAUCAUCAUCCUGGCUGGUGCCGUGGGACUGCCUGGCCUUAUGCAAGGGCCUGCCAGUGCAGCGGCUCUUCCAUAUGAAUGGAGCAAUUCAGCACCUCCCUUCAGCACCGCCUACGGAAGAAACGACUUGCUGCCGCCUACCAAGAGGGAGCUCCGCGUGGAGGUCGAGAUAACUUGCAAAGAGUGCAGAGAGUUCACGGCGAAGAAUGAGUCCGUCUACACCAACGAGGCCAAGUUCGACCCGCCUCUUUUCCCGCUGACCUGCACUCGACUGGCCUUGGCAGCCGCGGCCAAGUAUCGAUAUUGGUGCCGGCAGAUCAUCGACAACAAGAGUGGGAAGUGGACAGAUGGCUGGGCCUGCGACUCGGGAGGCGGUAUCCCAUCCGUGAUCCAUUGCUGCGGCGAUUGGAUCUCGUACGACGAUCCCCUCUACGCUGAUUACCCAACGGCGAGAGAGAGGGUUCAAAUCGACGUGAAAGACCAACGAUAUUGGUAUACGCUUGAUUAUCGAGAUGUCAAGGACAUUAGCAACACGACGCGGAUGAUUGUCCAGCAUGACCCAGGGAAAUACAACAUCAAUCACAUCCAAUGCAGGAAUUUGAAACCGAACAGCGACCUGGAGUUCAUGUAUUGGAUGUCAAAUCUGAGGGAGCAUGGCGUUCUGGACGCAGACAAGAAUGGCAAGGUUUGGGGAAAGGAGAUGUGGGCUCCAGAGGGAGGCAUAAUACCAAUGGUCGACCCUUGGUCUAAAGGAGCCCCUAAGUACUUUGACAUCACCCCGGAACAGGCUCUGGAGCACGAUCUGGCGCUACUUGCGGAGGGCUGGAGGGGCGGACCCUAA